ACUGACAGCGGCCCCGAGCGCGACCGCCCCGGCGCGCCCCUCCCGGUCGGGGAAUGAACGCUGCAAAGGCGAGCGCCCCCGAGGUCGGGCCUGGCCGCCGGCUGCUCCUCGGCCCCACGGUCCCCGGCGGUUUCUGAGGUCCCGUUUCCGGCCAGGGUGUGAUUCCUGCACUUCCGCUUUGAUUUGCAGGAUGAGAACUUUCCGAUAAGAUGUCCAGCCCCAUCUGGAAGAGAUCUGGGGACUCGCGGCGCCCCCCGAGGCGCCCUGUAGGCGGUGGGCACAGGGGCCCGCCUACCUUUGGGUUCCUGUUGGACGUCGAUGGAGUGCUGGUGCGUGGCCACAAGGUGAUCCCCGCCGCCCUGGGAGCCUUCCGCAGGCUGGUGAACUCCCACGGGCAGCUGCGGGUGCCUGUGGUCUUUGUCACGAAUGCCGGGAACGUCCUACAGCACAGCAAAGCCCAGGAGCUGUCCGCCCUGCUGGGGUUCAAGGUGGAGCCAGACCAGGUCAUUCUCUCUCACAGCCCCAUGAAGCUCUUCUCACAGUUCCACAGGAAGCGGAUGCUGGUGACCGGGCAGGGCCCCCUGGUGGAAAAUGCCCGCGGGCUGGGGUUCGAGAAUGUCGUUACUGUGGAUGAGCUGCGGAUGGCCUUCCCUGGGCUUGACAUGGUGGACCUCCAGCGGCGGCCAACGACCACGCCCCUUCCCAGGAACAACUUCCCUGCCAUCGAAGGUGUGCUCCUCCUUGGAGAGCCAGUCCGUUGGGAGACAAGCUUACAGCUUAUCAUGGAUGUCCUUCUCAGCAAUGGGAACCCUGGGACUGGUCUGGCAGCAGCUCCCUAUCCCCAUCUCCCCAUCCUGGCCAGCAACAUGGACCUCCUUUGGAUGGCUGAAGCCAAGAUACCCAGGUUUGGCCACGGUACCUUUCUGCUGUGCCUGGAGGCCAUUUACCGGAAGCUGACGGGCAGAGAGCUGCGGUACGAGGGUCUGAUGGGUAAGCCCAGCGUCCUCACCUACCAGUAUGCGGAGGACCUGAUCGGGCUGCAGGCAGCGCAGCGGGGCUGGGCCGCACCCAUCCGGAGGCUGUACGCCGUGGGCGAUAACCCCAUGUCCGAUGUGUACGGCGCCAACCUGUUUCACCGCUACCUGCAGAGGGAGAGGCGCGGCGCGCAGAGCUGCGCCUCCAUCCUCGUGUGCACCGGAGUGUACUGCCCCCAGGCCGCAGCGCCCGCGCCCGGUGGAGAGGCGCCCCCGUUCCACGGACACCGCGACUUCGGCUUCAGUCCAGGGCUCAUGGAGGCGUCCCACGUCGUGAACGACGUGGACGAGGCUGUGCAGCUGGUUUUCCAUGAGGAGGGCUGGGCUCCGUAGUGAGGGCGCGCGGGAGGUGGGGAGGGAGUGGCCGUGGGGCGACCCCACGUGUAGGCUCCGGUCACUCGGUGAAGACAGUUUUUUUCUGCUGGGCAGUAGCCACACAGUGGUACCGUGGGUAGCACUGAAGCCCGAGUCCUGUCCGCUCUGUCCAGUAGCCUGAACUCAGGAAGCCUCUUCUCUCUGCCUCAGGUUCCUCCUUGCUUCUGUGGGGACUUCGCAGAAAGGGAGGAGGGAUAGUAUGGAAGUUUCUGCAGGGCCUUUGAAGGCUGCUGCAUGCCAGCAAGGGUGUGACUGAUGUAGGCAACUGCUUUGUAUUGUGUUUUAGCUUAUUGCCCAGAGACUUUUUAAAAAAAUUAAUCAUAAUAAAUAUUCUUUAUGCUACCUCU